GUUCGAACGAUCUUGGAUUAGCUGAGUCCAAAGCAGAAGCAAAGAUGAAGAGCUUUGUAGUGUUUUUAAGUGUUGUGGCGUACGUGUCCUGUGGUCCAGUUAGUUCAGAUGAUUCAGUGCUUCGCUCGGUUCUUGGAAAUUUCGUUAACUGUAACAGUGAUUUGGGUCUGUGCAUGAAGGAGCAUGCCUUGAAAGCCAGUGAAAGACUCGGUGCAGCCCGCAAGCUCAAGAUCGUGGAAGGCAUCACCCUUCUCAACAGCAACCCUAAAGAAGCCAAGAGCUUGGAGACUCUCUCCACUGAUCCUACCUUGAGGAACAAGCAAGUGACUGAGAGGCUCUGGGAGACCGCCUCAGACCUUCUUCAGUCUACUGAGUUGGAGCUUAGCUACGGAGGCAACGAUGAUGAGGAAGCUGAAUCCAGGUCCAUCAAUGAUGAAGUUGAGGAAAGCCGUGGUAAGAAGAAGAAGCAGAUCAAGAAGAAGUUGAAGAUGCUCAUCCCUCUGAUGCUCCUCGCCAAGGCUAAGGCCGUUGCUAUCGUUGUGGUCGCCUUGGUCGUCAUCGCCGCUUCCCUCUUCAAGCUGGCUCUUCUCGCCAAGAUCGCUUUCAUCAUCAAGCUUAUCGCCAUCAUCAAAGCUCUUCUUGCCAAAAAGCACGCUCAGGAGGAGAUGUCCUGGGAACCUCAUGGUUGGGACUCUCACGCUGAGCACCACCCCGUGGCUGCUGAGCACGGCCAUGGCUGGGAAGGUGGUUGGGCCCGCACCAGGAAUGAAGCCAACAACUUGGCUUACUCAGCCUACGCCAACUAAGCUGUUCACCAAAUAUUACUUCUAAUCUGACCCUUUAUUGAUCUAAGAGUGAAUGUAUUUAAGUAUGUUUGUCGAUUCUUUUUUUUAGUUCGUACUUUUUUAAUUUUACUUUUCUCUUUACGUCUUUCUUUUCAGUCAUUUUAUAUUCUUCGCAUUCAUAUUUGCGAUUUUGUUAAUCUGACUGAAAAGGAUUCUUGCUUCUCUAGUGUAUGUGAUAGUAUUAUUAGUUAUUUUUUGUGUAUUCAUCUAAGUAUACGGGUAUAUUUUAUACGUAUUUAUUCUUAUGUUGUUUGUAUAAUAUUAAUUCGUAUUUAUUUUCCAAAUCUUAAUCUUCCAAAAAGAACUAAAUUCUUAUUUAUUAUUUUAUUUAUAUUUUUUAUUGAUUUGUAUUUAUGGUAUCUAUUGUUUAUUUAUAGUACCUCUUCGAUACUCAAUUGUUUAUUUGAUGUAUAUAUUUAUUUAUAGUUAGAUCUCCAAUUUAUUUAUUUAUAAUUUCAACUAUAACUGUAUCGUGUAUCACGAGACGAUGAGUCAUUUGUUUUGUUUGUAUGUAUGUAUGGAUGAGUGUGAACUGAUUGUAAUUUAUUCUUAUAUUUAUAGCAACAAUAAACCAAACAGCAAUUAUUUA